AUGAUCCUCAUGUUCCUCGCAUGGACAGUUACCUCGUCCGUUUAUGAUAAAACACAAGAUGUCAAAACCUCAGGCUAUCCUCAAAUUGUGUUCAUAUGGCUAUUCUUUGUGUUCUAUGCCAUCGCCUGGUCCGGUCUCCUUGUGGCCUGUUCGCUCGAGAAACUGCCUCACCACUGGAACCUAUCCCUGAUUUACACGAUCUGGAUCUUCGUCGAGUUGCUUUUUGUGUACUUUUUCUACGUUGAAACCCGGGGCCCUACUCUCGAGAAAAUGGCCAAGAUCCUCGAUGGCGAGAACGCUGCUGUCGCGCAUGUGGAUCUGCAUGAAGUUGAGAAGGAUGUAGAAGUUCAAGAAAAGGGGCCGACUAUGCAUACGCAUCCGGUUUGA